GUUGUGGUAUAAAUUUAGUGUGAAAAGUGAUAUCUGCUGCUGCCGUUGCUGCUGCCGUUGCCCGUGACUCUAGUCUUAGCCUGGUUUUCUUCUUUCCCAAUUUGCUUAUUCUGUAUACGUAACUACACAACCAAAAGUCAAGACCUCCCACUCCCUUCUCACUUCUUUACACAAUAAACAAUUUUCCCACAAACUCAUAUUCUUCACACCACGAUUUUCCGUACGUGGUGAGCUGUAUCUUUUUUCUUUCUUUCAGAUUUCCUUCCUCAGUUGGCCAAACCACAAGGAAAGCAGGAGGUCGUCAUAAUAACAUCCUUUCUCUUCAUUUAGUCUUUCUUUCCAGACCGGAAUUCCAUGUGCCUCGGAUCAACAAUAUCACGGUCUACAAUACUCUUUACAUCCUCAUAGACGACAUCAACAACCAGAAUACCCGGUACCUUUGAAAACAAUUAGAUUCUCAUCGAAAUGGCUGCUAAAGACACAAAUAUUGUUGAGCAUGAUACCAAGGUAGACUGCAGGCUCUGUAACAUCACCUUUGAGGAUUGGACUGCCUUCCAUAAUCACAAAUUAGCCCACAAAGAUCACAUCUGUUGUGACAUCUGCAGCACAGACUUUCAUACUGAGGAAGGUCUGAAGCGUCAUCGAACUCUAGUCCACCCAAAGGAACAAGAUCUCAAGUGUAUGGCUUGUGGCAGAAAGUUUAUUCGUCUGGGAUCUCUAAUUAAUCACCUUGAACUUGAUAGCUGUUGCGCAAUAAACCCUGAAGAGAGACAUAGCCUGGCAGCUAGCAGACGCCAACGUCAACAACUGCAUGCAAAAUUCAAGGCUAAUCUGAAGGAGAUUGACGACACUGCCGGCCCAAGAACUAAUAACAGCCUUUUAGACUCGCAGGAUAUUUCUACAAACUCUUUGGAUGUCAAGCUGCUGGCGCCAAUCUUCAAGUCAUCGCCACCAAAUUUUGAGAGUGAAAUAGUUACCAAUUUUGAGUUCGGUGGAUGGGAAACUACUAUCCUGGAAGAAGAUAUACCAUCGAAUACUUUUAACGAAGAGAUUAUAAAUACUACCCCUGCUCCCGUCAUGGAGUUACAACCAGAGGAGGACUUGAUUUCUUUCGGAGAAGUCGAUAAAGCCAUGAGUAUACCAUGGGGUAUAACUUCAAAGAAAGCAGCCAAGGAGAAACCAAAGCCCACUGAAGAGGUUCAGUACGAGUAUGUCGAGAAUUCAUUUCCGGUUGCAAUUGCGCCUUCCAUGAAAGAAGAUAACUUCCCACCUUUGCCAAAUGGAAGCCAAUUCAGGGAUGCCGGCAUGAAAGCUCCAAACUUCAUGGAUGCACCACUCGAGGACUCAAAGUUUACUUCCAUCUGGGACACCAAACACAUGUUUGCAAAUUCCCGAAAGUCCAUCGCCCCACCAUCUAUAGAGGCGCCAGCGGUGACAGGUGUAGCUACCCGAACCGGUGGGCUUCCACCUCUUCGCAUGCGGGCUCUUGUCACCCCUUUACCCGAGAAGGAACAUGCACCAUACGACCCUAAAGAUCCUUCAUUCCGCUCACAAAGAUACUGGGUUGCGUUCACCCGAAAGUACCAGUGUCCUCACCGGUUUUGCAAGAAAAGUUAUGAUGCUGAAACUGCCUUCAUCCAACAUUUACUUUCUGCCAUACACACCUCAGACAAUAGACUUAUCUGUCCUAAUUGCUACAGAGGUUUCGGAACGUACACAGCCCUGACACAACAUUGUGAGUCUCAAGGGGUUCGUUGCAAAAUCCGCGAAGCAGUUAAUUACGGCAAGGUCGUCAAUGAUAUUACUGCUAGUGUGGCCGAUGUUGUAGGUAAGCAUGAAGAUGAAACAGUAAAGUAUACCGUCAAGGAGGAAGGGUUUGGAGAUUUGGCCAAGAAGUACAGGGAAGCCGGAGAGAAAAAUGCUAAGAAAAAGGUAAACUAUUGGGAAAACCGCGAAACAGAAUUCGAGUGGUAAGUGUCAGGAUAGACACAGGAUAAUGAUAUCUUGAAUUCCCUUCUUAUUGUGAUGGGUAGACGUUGAGAUUUAGGGUCGCUGGACGUAUUCUCACUCAAUUCUUUCUUUCAGAUCUCGCCUUGGCCUUUCUUUAUUUCUUUUAAGUAACGCUGAAAAUUUCCAGUAUUUUAUGGCAAUUACUUUGGUUGUCAAAAAACAAUAGCUUAGCACAAUCGAGAUGUUCUAAAAGAUACCUUUUGGCUUUGGCGUUGAAGAUAAAAAAAAAGUAAGACUUGCAAUGACCGCUUAGAUAGAGAAAGAUCUCACCUACUAGUUUUCUCUCUCUACCGCCUUUCAUCAGUAAAUGAAUGUACGAGAAUCUGACUACUCACAACUAUAACCUUGCUUGGAAUCGCUUACA